UCUCGGCGGCCCCUGCCCGGACCCCCCGAGGAGGCCCAGACGCUCGCGGGCGCCCAGCGGGGGCCCCGCUCCGCGCCCCCGGCCCCGCUCUGCGGGGGUCGGGCCCCCCCUGAGCUCGGGGGGAGCCCCGGGCCCCGCCUCGCCGGGCGGGUUGACCUCGGGAUUCCCCGCCGGCUCCGGGGCCCGCAGCCGCCCCGUCCCGGCCGCAUCCCCGGGGGCGCGGGGGUCCGGCCGGGGGACACAUCCGGAGGGGCGCCCCCGGCCCCCCGGCGCCGUCGGAGGGGGCGGAGGACAGUCUGGGGAGCCGCCACGCCGACCCUCGGAGCUGCUGACCGGGACCCCGCCGACCAGGUGGCCCGGGACCCCCCGCCUCCGGAGGCGGCCACCUCCGUCCACACCCUGACGCCCCCCGCGACCGGAGAGAAGGUCCCGGAGUUUGGAGGUCACCGGCCCUCGCCUCCUGCCCUCCCCCAGCUGAAGAAUCGGGCUUCUCGGGAACGUUGGGAUUUGGAGGGGCCCGUCCCUCCGCCCCUCCGCCCGGGGCCGCCCCCAUGUUCCUGCGGCGUUUGGCCGGCUGGCUGCCCCGGCCCUGGGGCCGCCAGAAAGCGGGGGACCCCCCCGGGCCCGCCCCCGGCCCCGGGCCCGACCUCCCGAGGCCCGAGAGCUCCCCGGAGAAUUCCGGGAGCGAGUGGGACAGCGCCCCGGAGACGGCGGGCGACGGGGAGGACCCCGGGCCCCCCGGGCCUCCCCGGGCCCGCGACGGGUUGGGGGUCCCCCCCGUGCAGCCGGGCCGCCGGCAGAGGCUGCUGGGCUGGAUCCGGAGCCGCCGGGCCGGGGAGCUGGGGGGCGGCCCCCAGUUCUCGGGGAGCCUGAGCCCCGCCGAGCGGCUCCGCAUCUGCCCCAACCUGACCCGCCACCUCCUGGACCUGCUGCUGUCGGCCCUGCUGGCCCUCAGCUCGCCGCCCCUGCGGGUGCUGCUGGAGGCCCUGGGCUUCCGCGGGCCCGCCGGCCUCUGGCUGCACGGCCUGCUCUCCUUCGUGUUGGCCCUGCACGCCCUCCACGCCCUGCUGGCCCUGCUCACCGCCUACCCCGUCCACUUCGCCUGCCUCUUCGGCCUCCUGCAGGGCCUGGUCCUGGCCGUCAGCCUCAGGGAGGAGGAGGAGGAGGAGGAGGAGGCCGCCUCCGCUCCGAGGGAGGCCGGGGAUGGGAGCCGAGAGGCCUGGCCCGAUGGAGAGGAUGAAGAAGAGGAGGACGUGGAGGGGACCCCAGCCCUCUGACCAGAGACCCGGAGAGGCCCGGGAGCUGCCGGGGAGGCUGGAGAUCAGAGACCCCGGAGGGGGAUCGGGGGAGUGGACGCCAUGGUCCCAGCCCGAGGAGGGGACCGACGGAGACCCCAGCAGAGGCAUGGAGACCCCGGGGGGCGGGGACGAGAGGGCCCUGCCCCGGAGUUCACCAGCUGCCGUUUCACCUUUGCUUUUCUUUUUCCUCUUUUUUAAAACCAAAAAAGUGCCCCGUGAGAGGGGUGUCGGGAUGGGGAUGGGCCUGGGGGAGGCUCUCCCCUCGGGUCAGCACCAGCCACGUUCCCCGUCUCCCUCCCCGAGGAACCACUAUAAAGGGAACUUGCCACCU